AGUAAUUCGCCUUUUUAUUAUUAUCUUCCGCUAUCGGUAACGAAGAAGAACAUCACAAGCGCUUUAACAUCCAGAGCUGUGCUCCUCGCUUUUCCUUUCAUUCCAACCAAAACAAAACCUUUUUUUUUCCAUCCUCGCCUCGAUGCCGCUGCAGAAGUCUGACGCGUCCUUGGCGUACGACCGCCGCCGCAUCACCCCCGGCAUCGUGCACUUCGGUGUUGGCCAGUUCUGUCGUGGUCACUUAUUUCGCUACACACAGCACCUGCUGGAGGUGUCCGCGAAGGAAAACCACCAGUACGACAGCUGGGGCAUCGUUGGUGUCAAUGUGAUCAAAGGCGAGCGUGAGCGGGAAAUGUGGCAGGACUUCAAGAAGCAAGACUGCAUGUACUCCGUCACGCUUUGCCCCACGAAAGGCCCCCACACAACGGAGAUCAUUGGGAGCAUGCUCGAUUACGUGUACGCGCCGGAGCAGCAUCAGAAAGUGUUGGACUACCUUGCUGACCCCCGCAUCCGCAUUGUCUCCCUGACAGUGACGGAGGGCGGCUACAACAUCGACGAGGUCAAGAACUGCUUCAACCUGGCAGACAAGGCGGUGAAGGCGGACCUUGCGAACCCCGCUCAACCGCACACCACCUUUGGAUACAUUGUGGAGGGCCUGCGCCUGCGCCGCGAGCGGAAAAUUGAGCCGUUUACCGUGAUGUCGUGCGACAACCUGCGCCACAACGGCGAUGUUGCGAAGAAGGCUAUUUUGGGCUACGCUGGCGCGCGUGACGCCGAACUGUGCCGGUGGAUCGAGGCGAACGUGUGCUUCCCGAACAGCAUGGUCGACCGCAUCACCCCCGCCACAACGCCUGCCAUGCGGACCCAUCUGAACAAGUUGACCGGGCUUGAUGACCUGCAGCCGGUGAUUGGAGAGGACUUCAACCAAUGGGUUAUCGAGAACCGGUUUCGCGUUCGUCCACCGUGGGAGCGGGUUGGUCAGGAGCUGACGGACAACGUGGCCGGCUACGAGAACACGAAGGUGCGCAUCCUUAACUCGUCGCACCUGAUGCUGACGUUCUCUGGAUUGCUCCUCGGGUACCGGAUGGUGCAUGAGGCGCUCGGCGACGCGGACAUCCACCGCCUUGUGGCGAACUCGCUGGAGAACGACGUGCUGCCGACGCUGGACUCGCCGAUGGACAAGGUGGCGUACAAGAACAAGGUCCUGUCGCGCUUCAUGAACCCCGCCAUCGCGGAUCAGCUGCUGCGCAUCGCAGGCGACGGCUGCAGCAAGGUGCAGGUGUUCUGGACGAACAACGUCGUUGCUUUGUUGAAGAACAAGCGCGACCUGAGCAACUUCGCCUUCGGCCUUGCGUGCUUCCUGGCGUACCUGGAGGGCAAGGAUUGCAAAGGAGCCACGUUCCCCGUGAUUGAGCCGAAGCUGGACCCGAAGUGGAAGGAGCUGAUUGCGAGCUCGAACCUCUCUGCGCCGCUGUCCCUCAACGCCUUUGAUUCGUGGAGAAGUUUGGAUCACGCCGAGUUGGAUGCGCAGAUCGUGCACUUCCGCAAACUGAUCAAGGAGAAAGGUGUGCGUGCUGCAAUGCCUUUCAAGAACAAGAGCGCCCAGUUGUAA